UCUGAAGAGAAGGGAAGAUCAAUGCAGACUAAACAAACGAUCAUAAUGACCAACUCAGAGAUCCCCGAGGCUAUUUAUCAAAAUGUAGAUAAUGAAGGAUGUCUUGAACUGAAGACACGUAGAGAGAAACACCAGCCACUUCAACUUACAGGAAGCGUCUCAGUGAAGAGCAGAAAGCAGAGAGCAGUUGAAGUGUGUUUGGGAUUGUUGUGUGCUCUUCUGCUGACGGCUGUAAUAGUGCUCUGUGUGUAUUUCAGCAUUCAGAGAAAACACUUACUAACACACAUCACUGAACUCAAUGAGGAUCAAGAGCAGUUGCUGAAUCAAAACAAUGACCUGACUGAAGAAAGAGAGCAGAUACUGAAACACAACAAUGACCUGACCGAAGAAAGAGACAAGAUACUGAAACACAACGAUGACCUGACCAAAGAAAGAGACAAGAUAAGGAAUGAGCAGAAGCAACUGCAUAAUUGGCUUCAUGAACAGGAUCAGCUUGCUGACAACUUUAAGUGGAUUUACUACAGCUCCAGCUUCUAUUAUAUUUCAUUUGAGAAGAAGAGCUGGAGUGACAGCAGACGAGACUGUCAACAGAGAAAAGCAGAUCUGGUUAUCGCAAAGAGAACAGGGGAAUCAACCUUUUUGAAAAAGGUUCUUCAGAAUAAUAGUUUAUGGGUCGGUUGGAGGCAGACAAAUGGAGACUGGAAAUGGAUUGAUGAUCCUUCAGUGGCAAAUGGGUUUGGGUCUGACAGCCUCAACUGUGCUGUAGUGUCUGAAACAAAGUACUUUUCUUAUGCCUGCAAUACUUCCCAUGGAUGGAUCUGUGAGAGAACAAAUAUUAACCCUUAA